AUGUCUGCGACGAACCAGAAUAAGAACAAUAUGGGUCUCCUCCACAACAAGACCGUCCACCUCGCGCUGCGGGCAGUUCAAGGUGUAUUCGCCAUCAUCGUUCUGGGACUUGCCGGCUACGUGGCGCAUUGGUGGAAUGGUUAUUGGAAUGCCUCCAGUCCGAGCGAGAUCAACUUCCUCAUCUUCUGUGCAGUCUGGACACUUCUCGUGCUCAUCUACUUUGUCUUGGCUGGCACGACUUCGGGUGCAAGAGUUCACCAUCCCUAUGCAGUCUUGGGUCUAGACGCAAUCACGAUGAUCUUCUGGUUCGCUGGCUUCAUCGCUGUCGCCGUGUUUGUCCAUAACAGAGGGUGUUUUGGAGGCGUCUGUCGCGCAGCAAAGGCGGCAGCUGUCUUUGGUGCUUUCGAGUGGCUUUUGUUUGCAAUCACAACGGCGAUCUCAGCGCUUGCACUUCGCGGACAUAAGGCGGGACCAGUUGCAACAGUCUAA